AUGACUACCCAGCAAAGGGGUCAGAGGCCCUUGGAUGUGCUCGUCAUCGGCGCCGGAAUCGCCGGUCUAACAGCGGCCAUUGCGCUGGGGAAGCAAGGGCAUCGCGUUGUGAUCUUAGAAAAGUCUAGGUUUGCACGCGAGACUGGAACGGCGAUUAGCAUGCCUCCGAACUGCACGGCGCUGCUACAAUGGAUGGGGAUCGAUCCUAGGGAUUUUGGAGGCACGUUGCUUCAUCGGAUGCAACUGCGCGAUCAUCUGGGGAAUAUAAAACAUGACCAAGACUACACAGCUUUGAGACAUGCGUGGCAGGCCGAAUGGUAUCUCAUCCAUCGGGUUGAUCUACACAAUCACCUGAAACAGCGAGCCUUAGAGACGGCGACCCUGCAUGUAGAAUGCAAGAUCAUCAAUGCUGAUAUAACGUCCUCUCGACCUUCGGUAACGCUGCAGGAUGGACGCAGAUUUGAAUGCGACAUACUCCUCGGCGCCGAUGGACUGCAAGUAUGGGGUUUCCUCAUUGACGCGCAAUUCAAAACGGAGAGCUCACGCAUUGCAGUCCGUCCUCCGAGCAAGCAUAGCCCCCGGUUCUGCCGCCCCAAAGCCGACGGGAAAGUCAGCCUUCCGCUGGCUUCUACCGACAAACCAGUUGAGAAACGCCGCGGUGACGAUCGAAGCGGUUGGCAAGCAACGGGCAAUAAAGAAGCCUUGGUGCGGGGAUUCGCGAAUUUCUCGCCGAGUGCCAAAGCACUGGUAGAAAAUGCCGGCGACGACCUCAAGGUGUGGGAGCUAUACGAUAUGAAGGCCCUUCCUUCGUGGGUCAGGGGACACUCGGCAUUACUAGGAGAUGCCGCGCAUCCGUUCCAACCGUAUAUGGGCCAAGGGGGAGCCAUGGCGAUCGAAGAUGCGGUAUCGCUCGCGAUCCUGCUGCCGCUGGGCACGUUGACGAAAGAUGUUCCCGUUCGGCUUGCCCUGUAUGAGCAAGCACGACGCGGACGAGUAGAAAUGAUUCUGGAAUAUACCCGGAUUAAUGGUCGCGACGACGGCGAUGACUCGGCCAAAAGGAUCAACGCGGACGAAUGUGUUUUGCGCACAACGAAGUCCAAAGCUCGGGUGCUUUGCUCCAGUCGGCGGAUGGACUCGUCCUUUCCAAACUCUAGAUGA